CCGCUGAAGUGUCUGCGCGCCGACGAGCGUAUGGUUAUUCUGUCUGGGGUACACUCGCUAUAAAAAGAACGGCACGCAGAGCCCAGUCGAAUCAAGCGACUGCAGCUUUGGAGGGAACAAUGGCCGCCUCCUUUUGGGUCAUUGCAUCGCUCGUGCAUUGCAUCGUCGUGUCCGCCGAGGUGACACCGGACGUGUCUUCUGUCCGCUGGAACAGGGCGACGCACAGCCGCGCGCUGCUCCAGGAUGCACUGCAGAGGGACUCGGCGCCCUUCGUGGAGGCGGACGUGGUCUUGGUGGACGGAUCGGCCGUGCUCCCGCGUCCCGUCAACGAAAACUGGACAGUGAGCCUGAGCGAGCUCCUGUACAGGGUGAGCGCGACGCCCAUGAACGUCACGCUCAAGCUGAACUUGAAGAGCACCGAGGUCUUGGAGGUGGCCAAGAGGAACCUCCUCGAAGCCCAUCUGCAGAAUCUUAAAGGCCUGUGGUUUCACGCUGACAUACUCCCGGCCACGGGCGGCGAGGCGCCAGUGAACGCAUCCUACUACCUGCACCAGUUCGCGUCAUCCUUCCCCCAAGCCGUCGUCUCCGUCGGAUGGACGACGUACCCGGAGACUUUCUACACGUGGGAAGUCGUCGACCGGAUGACCCGACUCCUACUCUGUGGACCUCACCUCCCAGCGAGGGUUUCCAUCGCUGCACGAGCCUCGAUGCUUCCAAACUCCGUUGCUCAGGUGUCGUGGAUGCUGGACGUCAUCCCGCAAGCCAGCUUGUCCAUCUGGGCUCAAGACAACGACCCAAGGGUCACGGACACCCUGAUUCAGCUCCGCAAGGCGCUGCCUUGGUCCGUUGUCUACUACGAUCUCUCCGAAGAACAAAGAGCGGAGUUUGAACGGGCCAAGGAGAACGUCGCGUACGAACCCCAACGAACGGGACACCCGGUCUGGGACCUGCCCGGAGUCGUGGCGUGUGAGCAGCGGCCUCUGGCAGGGCGCAGGUCAGUCAUCCUGAAGGAGCAGGGAGGUUCCAUCAGACUGCCGGCGGCCUGGAAGCACUUUCGUGCCAGGAUUGACACCAGCAGGUCCAAGACCAUUUCCCUCCAUAUGGGGUCCAACAGCCUGACGCUGAAUGGUGACUGCUUCUAUGUCAUUGCCAGAAACACGGCGACAGCCGUGAUAGUUUCCGCCUGGCAGUGCGUUGGUUACCACACGAACCUGACGAUGUUGUCCGCGAGCGAACCGUCGGCUACCCGCGAAUGGCCGAUCGUGCCAGGCCCGAUGUCCCUCCGGUUUCAGACACCAACCGAUACUGCUGUGUAUUUGGUUUACGUAAAUGAAUGAUAUUGUUAAGUAUA